GGGGCGGGGAGGCGGAAGCGCGCUCUUUCAAACUUGCAAUCCUGACGUCGAUGCACUUCCGGCGUCGCCAUGGCGGCUAACGCUACCACUAACCCGUCGCAGCUGCUGCCUCUAGAGCUUGUGGACAAGUGUAUAGGAUCAAGAAUUCACAUUGUGAUGAAGAGUGAUAAGGAAAUUGUUGGCACGCUUCUAGGAUUUGAUGACUUUGUCAAUAUGGUACUGGAAGAUGUCACUGAGUUUGAAAUCACACCAGAAGGAAGAAGGAUCACUAAAUUAGACCAGAUCUUGCUAAAUGGAAAUAAUAUAACAAUGCUGGUUCCUGGAGGAGAAGGACCUGAAGUAUGAAUGGAUUUCCUUGACUUACGCUAGAUUCUGUUUUGUCUUAUAAUGACAACAAAAUAUAAUUAUUUUUAAACUUUUCACUGUCUGGAUUCUGUGAAGCCAAGUUUCCCGUUAAAGGGGAAUGCUUUGAAGAGGCAUUGUAAAUGCCAUUUUUUAAGUUAAUCAUGUUUGUCUUGGGGAAAAAACAACAUUGAAGACUAAAAUAAAGGUGGUUUUGGUUAA